AUGUGUCUAUCUAUAUAUUUAACUAUCUAUCUCUGUUUAAUUUUAUCUAUCUAUCUAUCUAUCUAUCUAUCUAUCUAUCUAUCUAUCUAUCUAUUUAACUAUCUAUCUCUGUUUAAUUCUAUCUAUCUAUGCUAUCCAUCUCUCUCUCUAUCUUUCUUUCUUUCUUCCUCUCUUUCUUUCUACUCAUCUAUCUAUCUAUCUAUCUAUCUAUCUAUCUAUCUAUCUAUCUAUCUUAGUUUAUUCAUUAUCUAUCUAUGCAUCUUAAUUUAUUCAGUAUCUAUCCAUGUAUGUCUCUAUGUAUUUAACUAUCUCUGCUUCAUUCUAUCUAUCUAUCUAUCUAUCUAUCUAUCUAUCUAUCUUUACUUUUUUUUCUCUUUCAUUCUUUUCUUUCUUUCUUCCUUCCUUUCUUUCUUUCUUUAUCUAUUUAUUUAUCUAUCUAUCUAUGCCAAUCUGGUUCAGCCGUAUCCUCUCUCACGGACUUCAGCCGCCAAUUCUUCAUACCGAAAAAGUUUUCUUUCAAGAGCCUUUUCAAUCCAUUCUUCGCAUGCCACUGUCUCCAGAUAUUGCUUCUUGAUAUCAAUUAACACUAGAUUUGGUCUCAGUCCACACACAAUAACAUUCACUGGCAGUGUAGCAUCAACCAACACUCUACACUUCCUUGAGUCCUUCAACUUGGUCUUCUGCCCUGUGUCAAUCCCAUCUUGCUUCAGGAAGGCAAUCCUUCACAGGUCCGUCGAGGGUAUACUAGCACUUCUUGCAGCUGCUGCCACGACCUGCAAAACCAAGUUAUCUCUGAAGGUGUACCAGUCGUUCGGUAGCGCCUUUGGGCAGGAUGACAGUAUGUGGCUCAGGUUUCCAUAA